CAAACCCAGGAAAGGGGAAAGCGGGAGUCCACCGGAGAGCACCGCAAUAGUCUGCCCUGCCCCGCGCCGGAGCAGGUACUGGAGCAGCUGCUCCCAGAGCUCACUGGGCUUCUCAGCCUCCUGGACAAUGAGGACCUCAGUGACAGCACCCUGGAGAAGAAAAUGGUAGUGGCCUCCAUCCUGCAGAGCCUGCAGCCCCUCCCAGCAAAGGAAGUCUCCUACCUGUACGUGAACACUGCAGACCUCCACUCCGGGCCCAGCUUCGUGGAGUCCCUCUUUGAAGAGUUUGACUGUGACCUGAGUGACCUCCAGGACAUGCCAGAGGAUGACGGGGAGCCCAGCAGGGGACGGAGCCCUGAACCAGCGAAGAGCCCCUCUCCAGGAAGUGCAGCCAACCCGCCUCCGCCGCUGCCCAACAAGCCGCCCCCGGAGGACUACUACGAGGAGGCCCUUCCUCUGGGACCUGGCAAGUCCCCUGAGUAUAUCAGCUCCCACAAUGGCAGCAGCCCAGCCCAUUCGAUUGUGGACGGCUACUAUGAGGACGCAGACAGCAGCUACCCUACCACCAGGAUGAACGGCGAGCUGAAACACUCCUACAAUGACUCUGACGCGAUGAGCAGCUCCUACGAGUCCUACGAUGAGGAGGAGGAAGACGGCAAGGGCCCACAGCCCAGGCACCAGUGGCCCUCGGAGGAGGCCUCUAUGCACCUGGUGAAGGACUGCAGGAUAUGUGCCUUCCUGCUGCGGAAAAAGCGCUUUGGGCAGUGGGCCAAGCAGCUGACGGUCAUCAAGGAGGACCAGCUGCUGUGUUACAAAAGCUCCAAGGACCAGCAGCCACAUCUGAGGCUGGCGCUGGAUAUCUGCAGUGUUGUCUAUGUGCCCAAGGACAGCAGACAUAAGAGGCACGAGCUGCGCUUCUCCCAGGGGGCCACUGAGGUCUUGGUGCUGGCCCUGCAGAGCCGGGAGCAGGCUGAAGAGUGGCUUAAGAUCAUCCGUGAGGUCAGCAAGCCCAUCUCGGGAGUGGACGGAGUGGAGGCCCCCAGGUCCCCAGUCCUCCUGUGCAAGCUGGACUUGGACAAGAAGCUGUCCCAAGAGAAGCAGACCUCAGACUCUGACAGCCUAGGUAUGGGCGACAACGGUUCCAGCCUCAGCCGCAGAGAAGCCUGCGAACAAGGCAGAGGGAAAAAGAGCAGCUUGGCAGAGCUAAAGGGCUCCAUGAGCCGGGCCGCAGGCCGCAAGAUCACCCGAAUCAUCAGCUUCUCCAAGAAAAAGGCCCUGGCUGAGGACCUGCAGAUGUCCUCCGCUGAGGAGGGGGUACCAUGCUGUGGCUACCUGAACGUGCUGGUGAACCAGGGCUGGAAAGAGCGCUGGUGCCGCCUCAAGUGUGGCACUCUGUACUUCCACAAGGACCGCGCCGACCUGCACACCCACAUGAAUGCCAUCGCCCUCCAAGGCUGCGAGGUGGCCCCUGGCUUUGGGCCCAGGCACCCGUUUGCCUUCAGGAUCCUGCGCAACCGGCAGGAAGUGGCCAUUCUGGAGGCGAGCUGCUCAGAGGACAUGGGUCGCUGGCUUGGGCUGCUGCUGGUGGAAAUGGGCUCCAGAGUCACCCCAGAGGCGCUGCACUAUGACUACGUGGACGUGGAGACCUUAACCAGCAUCGUGACUGCCGGGCGCAACUCGUUCCUAUUCGCAAGGUCCUGCCAGGAUCAGUGGCCUGAGCCCCGUGUCUAUGACGAUGUCCCUUACGAAAAGAUGCAGGACGAGGAGCCCCAGCGCCCCACUGGGGCCCAGGUGAAGCGCCACGCCUCCUCCUGCAGUGAGAAGUCCCAUCGAGCGGACCCACAGGUCAAAGUCAAGCGCCACGCCUCCAGUGCCAAUCAGUACAAGUAUGGCAAGAACCGAGCUGAAGAGGAUGCCCGGAGGUACCUGGUAGAAAAAGAGAAGCUGGAGAAAGAGAAAGAAACUAUUCGGACAGAGCUGAUGGCCUUGCGACAGGAAAAGAGAGAGCUAAAGGAAGCCAUUCGGAGCAGCCCAGGAGCAAAGCCGCCGUCUUUGGAGGAGGCUGUGGCCGCCCUGGAAGCACAGUGUCGACAGCGGGAGGAGCGCAGGAUCGACCUGGAGCUGCGGCUCGUGGCUGUGAAAGAGCGCUUGCGGCAGUCCCUGGCGGGGGGCCCGGCCCUGGGGCUCUCCGUGAGCAGCCAGAGCAGGAGUCCGGAAACUACAAAUAAACCCCAAAACAGUGUCACAGAGCAAUCUCUCCCUGUCAAUUGUGUUUCUGAGCUACGGAAGAGGAGCCCAUCCAUUGUAACCUCCAACCAAGGAAGGGUGCUGCAAAAAGCCAAGGAAUGGGAAAUGAAGAAGACCUAGAAAGAGGAUGAAGAUUUCAUUCCAAAGGAAAUAAUCAGUGUUGUCCACCUAAGGCAGAAAUGCUUUCUUCCCAAAGAGACACCAGGAGAAGACUGGAAGUAGCCCCAACUCUCUGGCACACCCAGAAAACUGGCCUUUAUUGUCUGUUUGAUUUUAGGGGCCUGGGGAGGGAGGACACAAAGGAAAGAGAGAAAUGGAGGGCAUCCUUCUGACUUUACAAUGGGUAGAAAUGGGGGUGGAGGGGACGGAAGUCUGUACAACCUUAAAGGUUCUGUUUGCUAUCUUUGCCUUCCCUUCUGAAGAAGAAAUGAAAGCACAUGUGAAUAAGCCAUUCAACCCACCUCAGCCUCCCAUUCCCAGUCCUUAAGGGAAAGGAGGGCAAUGCUGGAACAUCAGUGUUGAGGUGUAAAGAGAUAGGACUUGAUGAUCUCAUCUGGUCACGCUUGUGCCAACCGCAUUCCAGUGGGCAGAGCAAACAGGCUGCAACGUCAGGAACAUGAUCCCUGCCUGCACAGAAGUGAGUGAGAGCCAUCAUGAACACGCAGUCCUGCCAUCACGCCUCAGCUGCUUUUCAUCUAAGCAGAACGCAGCUACCGAAACUUCUGGAUUUCAAUAUUUUGAAAUUAAGUACCUGAGUACCCAGGGGCCAAAGAGAGUUGAUGAACUGAUGUAUUUUAAACUCACAGUGAUAGGAACAUGGAGUUCUAAUGUCCACAGCAUGUGAAGGCACUGGACAGUAGGGUCAUUUGCUGCCAAGCUGAGUCCUUUAUUUUAUAUGGCAUUGACUUUCCUGGAGCUAUAGUUAGAACUAUGUCAUUAUCCUAAUGAAGUUCUUCUGUAACACUGGGAAGCCUAUCACCCUGCCCUCCUCUGUCUGCUAUAAAGCAAAACUAUCCAGACAACCACUGGAUGGUGGCCUUUGCAGCCACAUAGGUGCGAAGCCUUUUACAAACACUUGAUACUUUUAUAGGCAGUGCAGGGACUUCAAGUCCUAAGCAGCCUCUUUUAUGCCACUCACUACUGUCUCACACUCCAGGCAUUUUAUGGGUCUGUCUUUAACAUGUUUCUCUCCAAUAAAGAUAAAACUAUCAACUCUUAAGAGCUCAGCAGGUAGCUCAAGUGGGGGAGAAGGGAAGUCCCAAAAGAAGCUGUGGACAUUUUGUCAGAUGCUUCACACGUUUUACCAUACUAAACCAGAAGUUUAACAUACUUAAGCCUAACUUAAACUCUACCACCCUCUGAAGUAGCUGGAAGGGAGAGCAGGAAAAAUAACCUGACCGAAACCCCCUAGCUGCUUACGGCAGGCAGAGCACAUAAUUUAGGGGUUAUGAUCCAAAGAGCCCUGGGUUUGAAUGCUGCCUUUCCUAUCUACCUGCUGGGUAGCCUUAGGAGAAUCACUUGACCUGAUUUUUGCUUUCCUUACCUCCAACUGAUAGGGGGAUUUAGUGAGAUAAUACAUGAGAAGCAUCUUGUGUGACAUCAGACAGGAAACAAGUCAGUAAUGGCUACAUAAAUGUCAAACUCAAAAGUCUGUGUUCUUUCUACUGAGAAGAAAUGACUUUUGUAUGGCAAUUACAGGCAUCAAAAGGCAACCAAUCCAAGCCAGGCGUGCCUGUAAUCCUAGCACUCUGGAGGCUGAGGCAGGAGGCCUGGAAGUUCAAGAGCAGCCUGGACUACAGAGCAAGAACCUAUGUCAAAAAAAAAAAAAAAAUCCAAACUCAUUUUCAUCCAAAUUCCAUUUCAGUAUCUCCAGUAACAAAAGAGCUCACAUACUCUGGAUUGCCAAUUUUCUUUUUUAAGAAUACACUAAAUGGCACCCACCAGAAUAUACUCAGUAUCUGUCACAUUUUUAUGCAGUUAUUUUGAGGUUAAAUGUCUUCUUUCCACCAAUAUAUCUGGUUUCAAGAGGAGAGCCCUUAAAUCAUUAAUAACAUGUAUUGAGUACUUAACCACACUUCGGGCAUUGUUAGCUAAAACUAAGCCCUAAGCGCACAGUGUAUGUAGUCACACAGGGUCCCAUACCCAGAAGGUCCUGAUUCUGUAUUGCCUUCAUAAUUUUUCCCCUUAAUUUUUGAACAAAUGCUCCUGUGGUUUCCUUUUGUGCCUUAAAUGACAUAGCUAGUCAUGACAGUAAUCCGUUUCCCAGACAUUAUUCCUUUAGCUAUCAUUAAAAUCCUUUGAGAAAUGGGUUAUCCCAAUUUUUGCAGUUCACUCUGAUCCUAGAUCCCUCCUGACUCCAAAGCUCUAUUUUAUCCACGUAUCUCCCUCCUGUUGCACUGUAGCAUUCAGGAGUGGCAUUUAAUAUAUAGAUGCACCAUGGCUGCAUGUAUGCAGCACACUUGGUAUAAGUUGGCAACUAAAAGAAAUGUAAGCAAAAUAGCUAAAACAAGUGCCAAUUCUUAUUUGUACUUGUUAAAAUGCCUUGUUUGGUUGUGGGUUUUUUGUUUUGUUUUGUUGCAUUUUUCGAAACUAUAGGCCACGGGGCUGAGGAGAGUUUAAAGCUCCAGGUUUCUCAACACUAGCAAGUGUUUGGUCUGUUAGAACCCUCGAGUUACUGGGUACUCAUCAAUCACCCUGAGCCUGUUUUCUCAUACAUAAAAAGGAUUCAUAAAUUCUUCCUAAACUAUGUUGCUUUUCUUCUAAGAUGUUUUAAAAACAAAAACAAGACGUUGGUUAUAACAUUUGUGACCUGGGCUUUGGAUGAGAUAUAAAAGUGCAAAAUACUCCAGCCCUGCACUUAGAAUUCAGGGUCAAGCAGGAGAGAAAAUGACCCAAAUUGCUAGUAGACGCAAAGCGCACUUUGAAGAUUCAGAGUACUGAAGGUGCAUGCCCCAUUCCUUUUUUAUUUUGUUUAACGUUAAGGGUUACCCAGUAAUGCUAAGGCAGAACAUCUCUUUUGCCUGGGCUAUUAUUGGCAAAGCUUGUCUCCCCUACCUCUUUUCAUACACCCUGCAGUCUCCCUCGGAUAACAAAGUGACUCUUAAAACAUGUAAAGGUUUUGACACGUUCUCAUUGUAAUCAGAAUAAGACUAAGGUUCAUCCAACAGAUGGGGGGGUAAGUGUUGAGAACGUAAAGAAGUGACCAUUGCGAAUGAACAAAAAAUACAGUCUUUCUGCCCCGAUAGGACUUUUAUUUUUGUCAAAAAUGGGGAUAUUACACAUCAUUUUUUUUUAAAUCAAAAAAUGCAUUGGCGUAAAAACGAAGAAAAAUGGGGGAAAGAGCGUGUAGGCUGCAAUUAUUUUCAUCGUUCACGUGAUCUGGUCCUGUCCAGCUCAUUACCACAACACUAUGACCCUCACUUUUAUAAACACCGGUUA